AGACGCACAGGACUCGGAUACCUCUUGGAUCUGGAUGAUGGUAACCCACGGACUGAACUGAAAACUCGUCCCUUCACUGGAUAAAUGAUGCUGGUCAUCGCAGCUGAAGCGCUGGACAAAAGUAUUUAUGGAAGCCAAGAAUGAAGUGAACGGGACAUCCACAGUUGUGCUGUGUUGAGUUCAUUGUUGUGGUCCUAUGGUCCUAGACGCAGCGCCCCGGGGAAGAUGUUGAGCCGAUUUAAAAGCGGCAGCAUCAAGAAUCUGGAACGAGAAUACAGCUGCACCGUGAGACUGCUGGACGACACCGAGUACACCUGCACCAUUCAGCGUGAUGCUAAGGGCCAGUACUUGUUUGACUUGAUUUGCCUCCACCUCAACCUGUUGGAGAAAGACUACUUUGGCAUCAGAUACGUGGACCCAGACAAACAGCGGCACUGGUUGGAAUUCCCCAAAUCAAUUGCAAAGCAGAUGAAAUCUCAGCCUCCGUUCACCAUGUGUCUCAGAGUCAAGUUCUACCCUCCGGAGCCCGCUGCUCUCAGAGAGGAGAUCACCCGAUAUCUCAUCUUCCUCCAGCUCAAGAGAGACCUGUACCACGGCCGACUGCUGUGUAAAAGCUCGGAGGCUGCCUCGUUAGCUGCCCACAUCCUUCAGGCUGAAAUAGGGGAUUACGACCCUGGGAAACAUCCUGAUGGCUAUAGCUCCAAAUUCCAGUUCUUCCCCAAACACUCGGAGAAACUGGAGCGGCGCAUCGCGGAGAUCCACAAAAGUGAACUCUGUGGUCAGACGCCUGAAACAUCAGAGAAAAACUUUCUUCAGAAAGCCCAGAUGUUGGAGACCUAUGGUGUGGAUCCACACCCCUGUCUGGACCUUUAUGGAAACCCGGCCUUCCUCGCCUUCACUCCGUUUGGCUUUGUGGUUCUUCAGGGAAAUAAGAGAGUUCAUUUUCUGAAGUGGAGCGAGGUGACAAAGCUGAAGUUUGAAGGGAAGACGUUCCACUUAUACGCUCAUCAGAAUGAGGACAGAAAGAGCAUAUUGACAUACUUCGCCCCCACUCCAGAGGCCUGUAAACAUCUGUGGAAGUGUGGAGUGGAGCACCAGGCCUUCUACAAGCUGGAGAGGUCCAGUCAGGUCCGAACUGUGUCCAGUAGCAAUCUGUUUUUCAAAGGAAGCCGUUUUCGCUACAGUGGAAGAGUGGCUAAAGAGGUGAUGGAGCAGAGUGCCAAAAUAAAGCGUGAUCCUCCAGAAAUACACAGACCUGGCUUAGUGCCAAGUAGAAGUUGCCCUUCCAUCACACAUGGCCCUCGACUCAGCAGUGUGCCUCGUACAAGAAGGAGGGCUGUGCACAUAUCCAUUAUGGAGGGUCUAGAGUCAUUGCGGGACAGUGCCCACUCCACUCCGGUGCGUUCAGUGUCCCGUGGAGAGUCGUUCAUCCCACGUUCUCGAAGCCAUGCAGCUGACGGCAGUGAUGGGCUGGCUGUUAUUUCAGACCAGGCCUACAGCCCUUCAGAUAGCGUCCCACCCACCCCCGUGUCCGAACACAGCAUGGACCCUUCUGUUUCUCGCCAGAUUAAUGGAACCCCCUGCAGCAUUAAGGAGGAGCGGGAGUCUGAGGCUGGGACCCCUACCAGUGGGGAGGGUCCUGGGCUGGGUGAAGAGGCAGCAGCUGAACAGGGGAAGUCUGUUCUCAGUGAAGUGGAACAGGCCAAUAAGUUUGUACUCAGUGUCUUGCGCCUCCUGCUGGUCACCAUCAGCCUGCUGCUCGUCUUGCUGCUCCUCCUCAUCAUCCUCACAGAAUCAGACCUGGACAUUAGUUUUCUUCGGGACAUUCGGCAAACCCCUGAAUUCCAACAAUUCCAUCACGAGUACUUUUGUCCCCUGCGACGCUGGGCGGCCUGUAAGCUGCGCUGGGUGGGCUCUCUGCUCAUUAAGGACGUGUGAAACUGUUUGAUUGAGACAUUGGACUCUUUUUAAAGAUCUCAGAGGCUUGGACCCUCCACUGAAACUGGAGGAUAUCGCCUCUUUUAGCCCUGCUGGAAUUAUCUCUCAUUUCAUUUCAGGUAUUUUUUUAAAAGUCAAAUAUUUGGAUUUACAGUUUCUUUAAAGAAACAUUUUUUGCAUCUUUAGAUGUUAUUUAUUUUUUAUUGUAAUAUUUAAAAUAGUGUAUAUUUGGGAGUAAUAUAAUUGUCUGAAUGUGGAAGAGUAAGUUGAUUAAUGGAUGAGUUGGGCUGCAGUAAGUCAGUGAGUGUUUAAAGGGUUUGGGACAUAAAUCAAUAAUAUCUUUUAUCACAGGCUUUUAUGUGUAAACAGAUCUGUUGUCUGAUUUAGGGCCCGUCUGUGAUGCACUGUAAUCUCUCGAAAUGAUGUUAGCCUUAGAGCCCAGCCCAUCCACUGUUACAGUCGUGCACAGCUGUGACGUAGGACUCAGCUGAGCAGACAUCAGUGUGAGGAGGUUACGGGACAAGGUGAGAUGUAGAGAUGGACAGGGAAAUGACUUGAGACAUGACUGUUUUUUAUUAUGUGGGUUGCUUAGUAGUACAAACGUAUUUAUAUUUGAUAAUACUAUGAAGUAUUUGGCCUUAUGAGUGGCAGUAGUGCCAGAUGCAGCUUGAAAGAUCCACAGCACAACUAGAUGUUUCUUCUUCAUGUGUGUCCCCGUUAGUGGGUAAAAAGGUUUAUGCUCUAUUUUAAUGUUUGUAUUUAGAAGCUAGUUUUGGUAAUUUAGUCGACUGAGUGGUCAUAGCCUCAGGGGACACUUUCAAUAACGAGGAUUUUUGUUAUCUGCACAUUUUACCGAGAAAUGGCAAUUAUUUUUAUGACGUGUUAAAUGGGCAAUAACUUUUUUUUUAAUCACUCACUUUUCAGCAAAGCAAUUCGUUUUUUUAUCCAGAUUUGUAAAACAAUAUUUUCACAGAGAAUCGAGGAGGAUUUGUACCAAUCAACAAUUUAAUUAAACAAAUAUCAUUUCACCAUC